AUGGCGUCACCACCCGCUACAAGGAGGGUCAUCGUCCUGUGCGACGGCACCUGGUGUGGUCGAGAAACCAACACUAAAAGCAACAUCAACUUCCUCGCGAGAAUGAUAGGGAUCGAUCUUGAAAAUGGGGCCACGGAAUACCACUCGGCACAAGACGGCAUCCACGCGAAAUACUUCGAUGGCGUCGGCCUGGGCGGCGAUUUCAUGAGGUAUCUCUGGGACGGCGCAAUUGCCACGCACGCAAAAGAAGAAUGCAGCAUGGUUUACGAGUUUAUCGUACGGCACUCUCUCUGGGAUAACCAGGUCAGCACAGAGGUGUGGAUGUUUGGGAUCAGCAGAGGCGCCUAUAUCGUUAGAUCCGUGGCCGGUCUGAUCAACAACUGCGGAAUCCUUCGAAACACCCCAGCGAAUACGGACUUAAUCAAGCUAGCCUACGACGUGUACCAGAACCCACACCCGGUCCACCACCCAACGUCGCAGGAGAUGCGCGACUUUCGAGCCAACGUCAGUUAUCCGGUGCAAACGCCAGUCAAGUUCAUGGGCCUCUUCGAUACCGUCGGAGGUCGUGGCGUGCCGCGGCUUAAUUACCACACCGGCACUGGAUUCGAGUGGCCUGAAUUCUAUGACAACUGUGUGUCGACGGCAGUGGAGAGAGUUUACCACGCCCUGUCUAUUCACGAUAGAUUUUGGGGCUUUCAACCAUGUCUAGCAUUUAGGGCACCAAGUACGCCCGGGAAUCCGGCUCCCCCCAACCUCAAGAUCCGCCAGAAGUGGUUCCCAGGCUGCCAUUACGACCUCGCGAGGCAGGAGUUCCAGUUCCUCAGGGAAGGCGGCAGCCUGUGGGAGAAGAUCUCUUUCCCCAUCCUGAACCCUUUCAGCAAGACUGUCUCGCCCAAUGACAAGCUCGCAGAUCUGGUCUUGAUCUGGAUGCUCCAAGGCAUCGACAUGGAGGGCGGGGGAGCCAUUAUCCGAAAAGACCUGGACAGAAGGGACAGUGACAUCGCCACAGCCAUCACGCAGACCCGAACCCGGCUCCUCGGAGGCAGUCCCAUCGGCACCGGGGACAUGUAUGACGAUAUACUCAGCUACCUCCCGGGCGGGAAGGUCCUGUCGGCGCCGAUACGCUGGUUUAAGAAUAUGAACGAGACCACGUAUGCCAUCUUGUUCAAGGCGGUAGAGAGGAUGAUACCCGAUCCCGGCAUCAACACUGCCACUGCUCCGGUCUGGAAUGAAGUCUAUGACUACACCGCCCCUGACACUGACCUUGACGCAGGACGUUAUCCGUCACGGACGUUUCAGAAUUACCGGGCGUAUAUGCGGGCGGUGAAUCGGCCGCCGUAG